ACUCCGGGCUUAUUGUGGCACGGCCGGUACUGCCUAGCGCUGAGGCUACUGCAACCGCACCUGCCUGCAAGCCUGCCUGUGCUGGCUGACUCUGGAGGACGUGCCCGGUGAGGCCACCCAGCCGUGGAGGCCACCAUGGCCCUGGCGGGUGCCCUGGAGCAGCUGCAGGAAGAGGCCAUCUGCCCCAUCUGCCUGGAGUACAUGAGCGACCCUGUCAGCAUCGACUGCGGUCACAACUUCUGCCGGGGCUGCAUCGCCAAGCACUGCCAGGAGAAGGGUCUCUGGGGUGAUGGCCCCUUCUCCUGCCCACAGUGCCGGGCCUCCUGCCACCGCAGUGGCUUCCGACCCAACAGGCAGCUGGCCAACAUUGUGGAGAGCAUCCGGCAGCUGGGGCUGAGGGGUGGUCUGGGGCCGGAGCCAGGGCCGGGGACCCCUCUCUGUGCCCAGCACGACGAGCGGCUCAAGCUCUUCUGCGAGGAGGAUGAGGAGGCCAUCUGUGUGGUGUGUCGGGAGUCUCUGCACCACCGCUCACACACCGUCUACCCCAUCGAGGAGGCUGCGCAGGUGUACAAGUUCAAACUCCAGCAAUCCCUGGAGCAUCUUUCUAAGGAAGUGGAAGACGUGAAGAAGCGUGAAUCGGUGGAAAGGAAUAAAACCCAGGAGUGCAAGGAGACAGUGAAGAAAAAGCGGGAGAGAAUUGUGAGCGAGUUUGGGAAGCUGCAUCGGCUGCUGGCCGACGAGGAGAAGCUGCUCUUCCAGAAGCUGGAGGAAGAAGAAAAGCGGAUUCUGCUGAUGAUCAGUGAAAACCUGGCCAGGCUGGUGGAGCAGAAGUCCUUGCUGGAGGAGCUGAUCCUGGAGAUAAAGGAGAAGACCCAGCAGCCGGCUGACAGGCUACUCAAGGACAUGAAAAGCAUCCUGAGCAGGUGUGAUGGGGUAAAGUUCCAGUCCCCCAAGCCUGUGUCUGUGACCCUGAAGGAAAACUACAGCAUCCCUGAGCACUGCCUGGGCAUGAGGGACAUGCUGAAGAAGUUCAAAGUGGAUGUAACUCUGGACCUUGAGACAGCGCACCCUGAGCUCAUCCUGUCUGAGGACCGCAAGAGCGUGCGGCGUGGGGGCAAGAAGCUGCUUCUAUCCCUGUUUGACAACCCCAAGAGGUUCAACACUGUGCCAGUGGUGCUGGGGAGUCAGGUCUUCUUCUCAGGCCGCAGCUACUGGGAGGUGCAGGUGGGAGACAAGCCCGACUGGGGCUUGGGGCUGUGCCGGGAGUCUGCCAGCCGGAAAGGCAACAUCCUCUUCUCCCCAAACCAUGGCUACUGGGUGCUGCGGCUGCAAAAUGAGGGCAACUACGAGGCCCUCACCUCGCCCAUCUCCCCGCUGACCCUGAGUGUGAGACCCCGCCGCAUCGGGAUCUUCCUGGACUACGAGGCAGGAGAAAUCUCCUUUUACAAUGUGAGCGACCGCUCCCACAUUUACACCUUCACUGACAAGUUUUCAGGGAACCUCCGGCCUCUCUUUUUCCUGGGUGCCUUUUUGGGGGGCAGAAAUGCAGAGCCCUUGGUGAUCUCCUGGGUCAGGGACACGCAGGAUAGCGGGUGCAUCAUCCUGUGACAGUGGCUGCUUUAGCUUCUCACCAGCGGACAGAGACCUGGGAGCCUGACCAGCUCCUCCUGCAAGCAGGAGGGUGAUGCUGUGGCAGUACCAAGGAAAUAUCUGUGUGUCUGGAUGAGAGACAUGGCCAGGUCCCCACGUGCUCCUGGCUGCUGGGGGGUGACCUGCUGAGUGUGACACCUCCUGCAUGCCAUACCCAUGCUGGGAAGGGCACUUUGCAGUGGGGACAUGCCAUAACCCUCUGUGCUGCCAACAGGGACAGGAGAUCCCACUGACCAUGACUGCCCUGCCACUCACCUCACAGGCUGCUGGAGAAGGCUAUGCACACGGCCUGCCCCGUAGUGCUGAUUUUGGUGUGACGUGUACUGGAACAAGGCAAUAAAGGGUUGAUUUG